CUAGCGGCCACUUAUGACAAACAACAGAAGCUACAACCUUGAAGCGUUCUGAUCAUUAACUAAAUUCUACAGAGAGGAAGGAGACAUUUGUCUUUAAAUUACUACAUCUUCCGUGUUCCUCAUUUUGCUAUUCUUUCUAUUCGCAUUCCAACGACCCUCCAUCCACUCCAUAUUCUACUAGUUACCCACAUACAAUAUUAGUUCCCCCGAAUAUCGUCAAGAUGUCCGACGACGAUUUCAUGCAAGAGUCGGACGACGAACAAUAUGACUUUGAAUACGAGGAUGACGAUGGCGACGAUUCCGGCGAUGUCGAUAUCGAGAACAAGUAUUACAACGCCAAACAGAUGAAGUCCAGCGACCCAGAAGAAGCCAUAGAUGAAUUCUUAGGCAUUCCAGCUCUCGAAGAGGAGAAAGGAGAUUGGGGAUUCAAAGGACUGAAGCAAGCAAUCAAGUUAGAGUUUCGACUUGGAAGAUGGGAACAGGCCGUUGAACAUUACACAGAACUACUGACCUAUGUCAAAUCGGCCGUCACUCGUAACUACUCGGAGAAAUCCAUCAACAACAUGUUAGACUACAUCGAGAAGGAGUCAGAAAACGAGGGAGCUCAGAAGGCGAUGGAACAGUUCUACUCAUUGACACUGAACUGCUUCCAGAGUACGAACAACGAGCGCCUAUGGCUUAAGACAAACAUUAAACUAGCCAAGCUUCUACUCGAUCGAAAACAAUACCUAUCGGUCACCAAGAAACUGCGAGAGUUACAGAAAGCUUGCCAAAAGGAAGACGGUACCGACGAUCCCACCAAGGGUACCUACUCCCUCGAGAUCUAUGCGCUGGAGAUUCAAAUGUACGCCGAGACGCGCAACAACAAACAACUCAAGGUGCUUUAUCAAAGAGCGCUUAAGGUACGCUCCGCCGUACCACAUCCGAAGAUCAUGGGUAUCAUUCGUGAGUGUGGAGGCAAGAUGCAUAUGAGUGAAGAGAACUGGAAAGAUGCGCAAAGUGACUUCUUUGAAUCGUUCCGAAACUACGAUGAGGCCGGAGAUCUACAACGAAUACAGGUCCUCAAAUAUCUUCUCCUAACCACCAUGCUUAUGAAGUCCGACAUCAACCCGUUCGACUCUCAAGAGACAAAGCCAUACCGUAACGAUCCUCGGAUUGCCGCGAUGACCGAGCUAGUAGACGCUUACCAGCGAGAUGACAUGCAUACCUACGUCAGCGUACUGCAGAAGAACCAAGACAUCUUAGCCGACCCCUUCAUCGCGGAAAAUAUAGACGAGGUGACCCGCAACAUGCGUACCAAGGCUAUAGUUAAGCUAAUCGCACCAUAUACACGGAUGAACCUCGCAUGGAUUGCGCGCCAACUCAAGAUAUCCGAGACCGAAGUACAAGAUAUCCUAGGAUUCCUGAUCGUGGAUGGCAAGAUUAAAGGCAAGAUUGAUCAGCAAACCGGCGUACUCGAGAUCGAGUCGGAUGGGGACGCAGAGCGUGUGAAGGCUCUGAAAUCUUGGGCCGAAGCUAUGGCCGGACUGUAUGCCACCAUGUUUAAAGAUGGCGACGGAUAUAAGUUAGCCGAUACCCACGCCCAGACGGACGAUACGACAAUCACAUCUAUGUUUGCCGAAGGUAGCCGCCAAAGAGCUCUCGGGGGUAAGGGUAAGAAAGGCAUUUCUAAGGGCCACUACGCUUAGCGCUCGUAAUUUUCCUCCGAUAUCAUGCAUUACUUUCGCGGUUUGGAGGAAUGUUUAGGAAGUUGGUGGCUGGGCGGAUAUGGUGACUAACAGCUGUCGCUAAAACGUCGCGUCCAGUUCCCUUACGGAUAUCGGGUUGAUACCCCGAACCCCUUGGAUUGUUAGUGUCUUGCGCAAUCGUAUGCUUUGCUAACAGUCGCUACGACGCAUUCUAGAUAGACACAUGAUACCUC